CAUCCAUCACUUUCAGCGAUCUUGCUUAAAAGUCCAACCAACAUGUGGGUGUUUAGAAGAUCACCGAAAACUCCUCCUCAGACAGUCGUCCCACACAUACUGUGUGACUGCUGUUCCCGUAUCGUCAAGAAGUCGAAGAUCAUCCAGGCAUUCGCUGCCGGCCAGGACAUCAACAAUAUUAUAGACUCACCUUCUGAAUGGUUCUUUCACAAUCACAACGUCAAUAAUCUCUCCAAGUCAAGCGCCGCCGGGUGUCAUCUUUGUUCCUUGGCUAUUGCACAAUUGAAUUUUAGCUCUCCACGAAACGACCUCUAUGGGUCUUCAGUGCUAGUUAGAGCAUGGAAUGGACUGACAAAUAAACUAGAAGUAGUCUUUGAAUUCCAUUCCGCACGUCUCAAGGUUACGGACGAGCUCACGAAACAGCAUCUUCUACAAGCAGAACAUGCCUGUGUCUGGGCCGGAUAUCUGAACGACGCGAAGUUCUGCACCAAGUCCGAUUUUGAGUUGCUCUGUGGCUAUGGAACCGCUAGACCUAUAUCAGACACGAUGCCUCAAGGCCUGCCAUGCGGGCGACAGAACCCUAGAUUUACAUUUGCCCAAGCCUGGUUAAGAGUAGUCAGAGGUUAUGAAAGGACAGAAUUCACCUACGAAUCAGAUAGGCUCAUUGCUCUUUCUGGAGUGGCCAAGGCCAUCGAACAUAGCAAAGGGUUCACCUACGUGGCUGGGACAUGGAAGGAACUCUGGCCCCUGGAUGCUUUGUGGUGGUAUGAGCGGGAACCAUCCAGGGAGGAACAGACAGGCUCUACGAAAUUGAAGGCGCCUUCGUGGUCCUGGGCUGAUAGAAAAUGGGCCAAGAAAUUUGCUUUACUGGACGAUAUUGGCCUCGAUAUCCACCAAAUCAUUUACCUGGCACAGUUUGAUGAGUUCACUUGUCCCACAUCCACAGCUCGAUAUAUUGGUACGAGGGCGGAUGAAGAAGGAAUAACACUCACCACAAAGGGUCCGGUCAGGAGAGGGCUGGUGCACCGUAGUGGGAGGGUUGGGGUGCUACUAACGAGCGACGAAGAAUGGGUUGAUGUUUACUGGGACCUGGGCCAGAUUCCAAAGCUAGGCGAAUCAGUGCUCCUUUUGAUACUAAUAUCCGGGAAGAAUAUUUACGGUGUCCCCGUCUGGGCAGGACUGGUCUUGGUGCGGGAGGAGGGCGCACCGAAGAAAGACGGGCAGCCUUGCUACAGACGCGUGGGCUACUUCGAAGGGGGCUUUGGGAACCACGAAACCUGGGGCGAGGAAGCGAUUUGUCUCUGUUGAUUGUUCCAUGAGAUAGGCACAGGGAAAGGGAUCAGGGAGCCAAGGUAUCAAUCUAGGGAGUGCGAAAUUGUCGAGCGUGGAUUUUGGAUUGACGGGGUUUUGCUCUUGGGAAAGGUUGAGACCUUGAUGGCUUCUUUUCUUUAGUGCUAGUAUUUGUUAGUCCAUGAUAAGACUAUGGUGGACAUGCUGUGUAUUGCCUAAGGGAAUGUACAAGG